UUGAACUGAGAGAGCGAGAGAAAGAAAUGGGUUGUCUUCGUUUUCCGGCAAUGGCGGCAUUUCUCUUUGGUUUUUAUGUUGCAGUAGCUCUGAUGCCAGAGUUUGCUGAAGGCAAAACAAGACACUACACUUUCAAUAUUAGGUACCGCAAUGUCACAAGGUUGUGCAGCACAAGGAGGAUCAUAACUGUGAAUGGGAAAUUCCCAGGACCAAGACUAGUGGCAAGGGAAGGUGAUCGAGUUCUCGUUAAAGUGGUAAACCAUAUCAAAGAGAAUGUUACCAUUCACUGGCAUGGAGUUAGGCAACUUAGAAGUGGUUGGGCAGAUGGUCCGGCUUACGUUACACAGUGUCCUAUCCAAACCGGCCAAACAUACACUUACAACUUCACCAUCAUAGGCCAGAGAGGAACUCUGUUCUAUCAUGCACACAUUUCAUGGUUGAGAGCUACUCUUUAUGGACCCAUCAUCCUUCUCCCCAGAAGAAAUGAGUCUUACCCUUUCGUAAAACCCCACAAGGAAGUUCCCAUUCUUCUUGGAGAGUGGUUUAAGGCAGACCCUGAGGCUGUGAUUAGCCAGGCUCUUCAAACCGGAGGAGGACCUAAUGUUUCCGAUGCAUACACUCUGAAUGGGCUUCCAGGGCCCACGUACAACUGUUCAUCUAAUGAUGUAUUCAAGCUAAAGGUGAAACCAGGGAAGACAUACCUUCUCCGAUUGGUCAACGCUGCACUCAACGACGAGCUAUUCUUCAGUGUAGCAAAUCAUUCCCUAACUGUGGUUUGUGCCGAUGCUACUUAUGUCAAACCUUUCAGCACUGACAUACUUCUCCUCACCCCUGGCCAAACCACUUCUGUUCUCCUCAAAACAAAGCCCCAUUAUCCCAAUGCUACUUUCCUCAUCCUCAUCAGGCCUUACUUCACCGGUGCUGGCACCCUCGACAACACCACCGCUGCCGGAAUCCUCGAAUACGAGCACCCACUAAGCGGUACUAGUACUCAUUCUUCCAUCAAAGCUCUUCCCCUCCUCAAACCAAGCCUUCCACCCAUCAAUGCCACCAAGUUUGUCAAUGUAACUCAAUUUGUCCAAAACUUGAACAAUAAGUAUCGUAGCUUGAAUAGUGCUAAAUACCCUGCCAAAGUCCCCCAAACAGUGAAUAGGAAAUUUUUCUUCACUGUAGGACUUGGAACAAACCCCUGCCCCAAGAACACGACAUGUCAAGGACCGAAUGGCCAGAUGUUCUCUGCGGCAAUCAACAAUAUGUCGUUUGCUCUUCCAUCAGUUGCCAUGCUUCAGUCACAUUUCUUUGGACAGUCCAAUGUGACUUACAGAACUGAUUUUCCUACCAAGCCACUUGUGCAAUUCAACUACACAGGAACUCCACCAAAUAACACUAAUGUGAUCAAUUCAACAAGGGCUGUGGUGUUACCAUUCAACACAACUGUGGAGCUGGUCUUGCAAGACACGAGCAUUCUAGGUGCCGAGAGCCACCCACUUCAUCUUCAUGGGUUUAAUUUCUACGUUGUUGGAAUAGGUUUCGGCAACUUUGAUCAGAACAAGGAUCCUGCCAAGUUCAAUCUUGUGGACCCUGCUGAGAGAAACACUGUAGGUGUUCCGGCUGGCGGUUGGGCUGCCAUUCGUUUCUUGGCUGACAAUCCAGGGGUGUGGUUUAUGCACUGCCAUUUGGAAAUUCAUACAAGCUGGGGGCUUAAAAUGGCUUGGAUCGUUCAGGAUGGAUCACAACCAAAUCAGAAGCUACCUCCACCACCGGCAGAUCUUCCUCAGUGCUGAUUCUGACUGACCUUGGUGUCCGGAUUGGCGGCCUUUUUUCUUGUCAAGUGAUAUUGUGUUCGAGUUUUUUUCUUCUAUUAACUUAAUAACUAAACAUGUCGGAGAAAAAUAAUAACGGAUUUUCUCUUUUUGUAAAGAAACAGAGAAGAACUGGUCUUUGUAGAUAUUUCCUGGUGUAAUUUUGAUUUUUGAAUAUAAAA